UUCACCUUUUCCUUUUCUUUUCUUUUUUUUUUUUUGUGUGUGUAGUGAGUUCAUUUUCUGACUAUGAAAAGAUUAUCAUCUUCAAAAAGGGUCGUGAGCAAUGAGGUUAAAGGGGACAUAGAGUGGGAGCUUAGGCCUGGUGGAAUGCUUGUUCAGAAAAGGAACAUGGCGGAUGCUGCUUCUGCUCCUAUGAUUAAGAUCAAAGUUUCUCAUGGUUCUUAUCACCGUGAUAUAGCUGUGCCUGCUCAAUCCACUUUUGGGGAUUUGAAAAGGGUUCUUGCACAAGAAACCGGUUUGGAGCCAAAGGAGCAGAGACUAUUGUUCCAAGGGAAAGAGAAGGAUGAUGAAGAAUGUUUGCAUAUGGUAGGAGUAAAAGACUUGUCAAAGGUGGUACUUUUAGAGGACCCAGCUAGCAAAGAGAGGAAGCUUGUGGAGAUGAAUAGCAACCAAAGUGUGCUAAAAGCCUGUGAAGAGGUUGCUAAGGUCAGGUCAGAGGUUGAUAAACUCUCUGAGAAGGUUAUUGCUGUGGAGGCAAAUGUUCGAGCAGGUACCAAGGUUGCAGAAAACGAAUUCCUUGUCUUGACGGAGUUACUUAUGGUGCAAUUGCUCCAAUUAGAUACAAUUGAGGCUGAUGGUGAAGCCAAAGUCCAGAGGCGGGUUGAGGUUCGUCGAGUUCAAGGUCUAGUGGACACCCUAGACCACUUGAAGGCUAGAAACUCCAAUCCCUUCAGCAGUAGUUGCAAUGCAGUGCCAACGAGUACCAAAUGGGAGGCAUUUGAGUUAUCAUCUACAAGAAUAACUCAAGAUUGGGAGGUAUUUGAUUAAGCUCAACUUCACAUCUAUCGCUAGGUAAUGUACUAGACUAGUAGUUUACAACAAAGCCUGUCUGCUCUGCUGUUGUCGGAUUGAAACUUCUAAUAGGGAACCGUUCAUUUUGCUGGUUCUGAGUUGCAGUCAAAUGGAAUCUUACUUCAUUUUGCUUCAUUGUUGGCUGGCAUCUGUAAUCAAAGCGUUAGGUGAAGCAAGAUAUGCAUACACGAUCAGAACUUUGCAAGUGUCUUUUUUCUUUGUUAUUGUUAACAUUUUGGAACCUUCUACCACAAGGAAAUGCACAACUCCAUUAACUACAA